CAGUUCAGGCGGGAGCCGGAAGCCCAGCGCCGGAGCGGGCCGCGCUGAGGCCCCCGGUGUACGGCAGCUGAGAGGUGCAGUCAUGCAGGAAAACCUCAGAUUUGCUUCAUCGGGAGACGAUGUUAAAAUAUGGGAUGCUUCAUCUAUGACACUGGUGGAUAAAUUCAACCCACACACCUCACCACAUGUUAUCAGCUCAGUGUGUUGGAGCAGCAAUAAUAACUUUCUAGUGACAGCAUCUUCCAGUGGUGACAAAAUAGUUGUUUCAAGUUGCAAAUGUAAACCUGUCCCACUUUUAGAGCUUGGUGAAGGGCAAAAGCAGACAUGUGUCAGUUUAAAUUCAACGUCUAUGUAUUUGGUAAGCGGAGGCCUGAAUAAUACUGUUAAUAUUUGGGAUUUAAAAUCAAAAAGAGUUCAUCGAUCUCUUAAGGAUCAUAAAGAUGAAGUAACUUGUGUAACAUAUAAUUGGAAUGACUGCUACGUUGCUUCUGGAUCUCUCAGUGGUGAAAUUAUUUUGCACAGUGUAACCACUAAUUUAUCUAGUACUCCUUUUGGUCACGGUAAUAACCAGUCUAUUCGGCACUUGAAGUACUCCUUAUUUAAGAAAUCACUCCUGGGCAGUGUUUCAGAUAAUGGAAUAGUAACUCUCUGGGAUGUGAAUAGUCAGAGUCCAUACCAUAACUUUGACAGUACACAUAAAGCUCCAGCUUCAGGCAUCUGUUUUUCUCCUGUCAAUGAACUGCUAUUUGUAACUGUGGGCUUGGAUAAAAGAAUCAUUCUCUAUGACACUUCAAGUAAGAAGCUCGUGAAAACUUUAGUGGCUGAUGCUCCCCUGACUGCGGUGGAUUUCAUGCCUGAUGGAGCCACUUUGGCUAUUGGAUCCUCCCGUGGGAAAAUAUAUCAAUAUGAUUUAAGGAUGCUGAAAUCACCAAUUAAAACCAUCAGUGCACAUAAGACAUCUGUGCAGUGUAUAGCAUUUCAGUACUCCACUGUUCUUUCUAAGUCAGGUUUGAGUAAGGGCUGUUCAAAUAAGCCCACAGCUGUGAACAAACGCACAGUUAAUGUGAGCGCUGGUGGAGGAGGAGCCCAGAAUCCGGGAGUGCUCAGAGAAGCAGCCACCGCAUCCGUUGCCGCAGCUCUGCCCCAGCCCACGGCAGCCGCUGUAGGGAAGGGAGCAGUUGCUCCUCAAGACAAAGCAGGUCUGCCUCGAAGCAUAAACACCGAUACUUUAUCAAAGGAAACGGAGAGUGGAAAAAACCAGGAUUUCUCUGGCUUUGAUGAUUCUGGAAAAAGUAGUUUAGGUGACAUGUUCUCACCUGUCAGAGAUGAUGCUGUAGUUAACAAAGGAGUUGAUGAGUCCAUAGGCAAAGGAGAUGGCCUUGACUUUCUACCACAGUUGAACUCAGUGUUUCCUCCAAGAAAAAAUCCAGUAGUUUCAAGCACUUCAGUAUUGCAUUCUAGUCCUCUUAAUGUCUUUAUGGGGUCUCCUGGGAAAGAAGAAAAUGAAAAUCAUGAUCUGACAGCUGAAUCUAAGAAAAUGUAUCUGGGGAAACAGGAAUCUAAAGACUCCUUCAAGCAGUUUGCAAAGUUGAUCUCCGGUGCUGAAACUGGAAAUCUAAAUGCCUCUCCAUCAUCUAACCAAACAAGAAGCCCUGAGAAAUUUGAAAAGCCAGAAAAAGAAAUUGAAGCCCAGUUAAUAAAUGAACCUCCAGGCAAUGGAUCCUCAACUCCAAAUCCGAAAAUAGCAUCCUCUGUCACUGCUGGAGUUGCUAGUUCACUAUCAGAAAAAAUCGUUGAUACCAUUGGAAAUAGUCGGCCAAAUGCACCGUUGUCAUCUGUUCAGAUCCGUUUUAUUCAGAACAUGAUACAGGAAACCCUGGAUGACUUUAGAGAAGCAUGCCAUAGGGACAUUGUGAAUUUGCAAGUGGAGAUGAUUAAACAGUUUCAUAUGCAAUUGAAUGAAAUGCACUCUUUGUUGGAAAGAUACUCAGUGAAUGAAGGUUUAGUGGCAGAAAUUGAAAGACUACGAGAAGAAAACAAAAGACUGCGGGCACACUUUUGAAAUUUCAGUGAAUACUUUGAUGUUUUGUAAUUUGGGAAGGUUCUGACAACACAGAACUACAUGAAAUCAGUAUUGUUUUCAUAACCUCUGGGAGAAAAAAUGUUUUUCAGUCAAAGGGUGAUGGGAUUUUAUACCAAUCACUAUUUCAUCUUUUCUGUCAAAUAUAUUUAUAUUUUUAUAUUAAAAACUGUACACUAUGUCGUCCGCCUAAAAGGAAAGCCAACAGAAUCUUUAUUUUAUGAAAGCUUUAGCUAUACACUAAGUGCCCUUUUUCAUGAAAAAAUUGUGCAAAAAAAUAGGUUAUGUAUGUUUUUUAAUCAUCCUUUCUAAACAAUAUUUUUGGU